AUGGAAGACGACCACAAGAAUCUGGAACGGUUGGCUCGUGUGCGCGACAAUCAGCGCAAAAGCCGAGCGAGGAAGCAAGAAUAUGUUCGAGAACUCGAACUUCGAUUAGGGGACAGCAAUGAGCAAGCCCAUAAAAAAGACAUAGAAUAUCGCUUGUCCAUGCAGAAAUUGGAGGCGGAAAACCGCCACCUCAAAACGCUGUUGGGAUCUCUAGGUGUAUCCCCCGACCUAGUCCAACAAUACGUACAUCUGGCCAGCCAAGGAACUGUAGUAGACCAAAAGGUUGCAAUUCCUGCAGCCCCACGCCCAAAAGAAGAGCCAUCGCCCGAGCCGGCUUCAAGUUCUAAUGAGGCUCGAUUACAGCCACCUUCUGAAAGCAUUAGAACACCAGAAGUUCAACUACCGGAGGUCAAAGCAUCCUCUCACGUCCAGGUUCAGAAUCCAUCUUUAUGCGAAUGUUUUCCAGAUCAACAGAUCGGAAACUCAUGCUCAUCCGAUGGAGAUGUCCUUAAUACUACGCUUUGCUCGAUCGCAGAAGAUCUUGUCCGUCAGUACAAUGCCCGGGGAAUUGACACAGACGAGAUUCGUCAAAGGCUUUGGGCUGGCUUUAAAAAAGGACAAGUAGGAGAAGGUUGUCGAGUUCAAAACAAUAUGUUAUUUCAAGUGUUGGAUGAUAUUAGCAACGGGAUUUGA